GCGUGGGCGGGGCCGGGGCGGGGGGCGCGGGCGGGCGCGGAGCGGCGGCGGCGGCGGCAGCGGCUGCAUGUGCGGGGCGGGGAGUGGAGCGGGGCUGGGCGGGCGGCGCGGAGCGGAGCGGAGCGGGGCGGCACGGCCGGAACCGGCGAGCAGCCUCGCUCUCUGUUGGGAUUUAUGGAGGUGCUGAGGAGCAGCUCUGAGCCCCGCAGCCCCCGGCAGCCCGUCCCCUAAAGCAGCGCCCGCCCGCCUCGCCUCGUCUCGCCCGGCACCCCGACCCUCCGACUCAACCAUUCAAGGCUUCCGUGCAUGGAUCGCCCGAGCGAGGGACCGCUGCCCAACGCCGCCGACGCCGCCCCGUAGACUCCCGGCCCCCCGUGCCACCCCCAAGUACUCCACAUACCCCGAUGGGGUAACGUGACGGGGGUCACCCUCCCGCCACCGCCACCCCACACAUGCAGAGGCCUUUCUAGAGUGCCAGGGAGCGCACGGCACCGGAGGCGGCAGCCGCUCGCCGUCGCACACACACCGAGGACGCCAACACUACAGCAAAGGGAUUUUUAUUUUUUUUUUAAUUAUUAUUAUUAUCAUCAUUAAUAUUAUUUUGUUUUCCCUUCUGGCUUUUUCCCUGGGAGGGCUCGCGGUGUGUCAAGCAAGCCAGCACGCACCCAGGAGCUGGGAUUAUUUGCACAACGUCUGUAUAUUGAGUUCUCAAUCCUGUUUUAUUUUUUAAGUACAGAGGGGUUAUUGCUUCUUUUGUUUCCCCCUCCACGCCACACUUGUCUUGGAUUUUUUUCCCCCCUCGCCAUCAGCACCACCUCACUCCUCCCGUCCCACCAUGGCCCGAAUGAACCGCCCCGCGCCAGUGGAGGUCUGCUACAAAAACAUGAGGUUCCUAAUCACGCACAACCCCACCAACGCCACGCUCAACACCUUCUUGGAGGACCUGAAGAAAUACGGUGCCACCACGGUUGUGCGAGUGUGCGAAGUGACCUACGACAAGACCCCCCUGGAGAAGGACGGCAUCACCGUCAUGGAUUGGCCGUUCGAUGAUGGAGCGCCUCCUCCCAGCAAGAUAGUGGAAGAUUGGCUCAACUUGCUGAAGACCAAGUUCUGCGAAGACCCCGGUUGCUGCGUGGCCGUGCACUGCGUGGCUGGGCUGGGGCGUGCUCCUGUCCUCGUCGCGCUGGCCUUGAUCGAGAGCGGGAUGAAGUACGAAGAUGCCAUCCAGUUCAUCCGACAGAAGCGCAGAGGAGCCAUCAACAGCAAGCAGCUGACGUACUUGGAAAAAUACCGACCAAAGCAGAGACUCCGAUUUAAGGACCCUCAUAACCACAAGAACAAAUGCUGCAUCAUGUAACCUCAAUGACCUCUUGCCAAAAUCCGUGCACACAGACACCCCGGGCACUCACGCGCAUCCCACCCCCUCCACCCCCUCGGCCAGCCCCGUGCACCCCACGUGUCACCCCACUGACAGGGCUGGGGUGGGGGGACAUGGAGCACCACCAGAGUGUUCCAGCACCCACAGCACGGUCAUACCGGAUCCCCAAAAAAACGCUGCUCUCUCCAGCUACAUCCAUGAGGUGUUAGCAGGCAGUGAGCUCACGUGAUGGUUCUUCAUCGCCUUCCUCCUCCUCCCUUUCCUGUCUCGUUGCACUGAGAGAGAUGGUGCUUGUUUUGGGGUGAUGCAGGCAGGGCUGUGCCAGCUGAGAAGGGAUGGGGAGCAGGAGGGCUGGAGCACCCCCAGAAAAACCCUUUCCCACCUCUUCCCUAUAAAUAAGGGCUGCAGCAACGGGAACGAAGGUGGGGAUGGUACAGUGGCCUCCGGGGGGAGGAUGGUGAUGGUAGGGAGAGGUGAAGGAGGCUUGUAGCUUGGUGCUGGUCCUGUGGCCAUGGAAAGGGCUGAGCUAAUUCUCUCCCCAGCACCAUUCCCUUUCUCCUGGCUCCUCUCCCACCUCCCCAUCUCCCCGUUGCCUUGAUGCCAACUGGGAUGCUACAGGUGGGGCUCAUUGGGGGCUCCCUGCAGCAAAGGCAGAGGCGCUGGGAAAUUUGGGGACCAUGGUGGAGCUUUGGGGCACCCAGCUUUGCCAGGGUGCAGGGACAGCACGUGGUCCCCCAGAGUGUGGGGUACUCUUUAUUUAUAGCUUCCAAAUUCAAUGCACAGGCUGGUGGGUUCUUUCCUGCCGUGUCCCCAUCACCAAGCCGUGGCACAACCCCCAGUUCUGGCUGCAGCACCCUGGGAAUGCAAUGUGCAUCUUGGGGCACGUCCAUGUCCUCCACCACCGCUUUUGCUGGCAAAGGGGCUGGGCUGCAGCUUUCCUGGGGGAUUUUGGAUGCUCAUGGCAAGAGCACAUCACCAAAUUUUGCACCUGCCUUUCCCAAAUCUUAACAUGGCACCUGUCACCCCAGGACCCCCCCGGCGCGUGCCCUGGUGGGGUGGACUCAGAGCUGCCCCCAAGCCAGGACAUUAAACAUCUCUCAACUUUCUGCCUUUUGAACGCUUGCAGCAGCUGGAGCGGUGGGCACGUAGGGGGUGUGGGGGUGUUUUUUUCUUUUGACAAGGAUAAGAAGAAAUUUGCUAAUUAAAGAAAAAAAAAAACUUAAAAAACCCCACAAACCUGUUUGUCUUCUGCACGUCCUCUGAACUUUCUUUCUCCUAUCCCUGCCCAGUGGAGCCGGGGAGAUGACCCGUGGACCCCAGACCGAUCUCCAGCACUGGGUCGUAGUUGGUUGCCAUCCAUUGUCACCAGGGCGAACAUGUGGCCCAAGGGAUGCUCCAGGUAUCCUUUGGGCUCGCUGCUGCUCACCUCCUCAGCUGCAGAGGAUCACAGAUGGUGGCACAAGGAAAAAUAGUCAUCCAGCAUCUCAUGGUCUUAGGCUACCCCACUUGAGAUGCCUUCAGAGCGCUGUGUUAGGUAUCUCCAGAGGUUUGUGUGCCUUCCAAAACAUAGUGUCCAGAGAUAUUUGCUUCAGAGGAUUCAUCUCUUAGGAUAAAUGGUGAGGAAGGCUGGUUAGACACCUUCGUUACCGGCAGAAUGGUAGGGGGUGGCUUCAUACCACCACGCACAGGCAGAAGAGGAGCUCGGAGCCAUUUGCAGCGCCAUUCCUCCGCUCCUGAUGGGAGCCAGCCCUGCUGCACAGCAGGGAUGGCCAUCCCAUGGGAUGCGCUGUGGCUCCAAGCAAAGUGGAGACCCUCCACGCAUGGCCCUGGAGCUGCCAUACUGCAUACCUCGUGCUUGUCCAAGCCCCCACAUGACGACACGGCCUUCAAUUCCUUGAGUUUCUCCUUCCCCAUUCCAGGCUGUUGGUUCCUAUGCCUCAUGGGGAAGGUGGCAGUGGUUGAAGGUUCUGCAUUGGUUUGGGAACAGUGAGAAACUGGGUUGAUAAAAAGACCUGAUCCUGUAUUGCAGCAGUUCUCUUGGGUGUGUUCACCAUCCCCAUCCUGUCCUGUUGUGUCCUGCUGCUGCUCAGACAGGUGCUGCUUCAUCCCCAGGGGUGGUAGGAGGUGGCUCAGCAUUGCAAUGGGGACAACCCUCAUCUCUCUUAGCCAGGAGACCUCAUCCCAUGUGCUCUCCAGUCACAACACGUUGUGCCACAACUUGCAGAGAGUUCAGGAUAAAGCAGUGGGAAUUGUUACUUUGUAGGCUUGGAGAUGUUUCUGCCCUGGCAAGAAGAGAAAUAUUUUCCUUGCCCAUGCUUGUGGGAGCGUCACAUUAGCAGAUUGCCCAGGGCAAGGGGUCCAGGGCUUCAGCCACGAUGUUUUGGAGCUGAGAUCAGGAUGGGGACAUUAGGGCUUGAAUUCAAGCCUCCUUCGGCCACAGGAACUCGUCACCUCCUCCGUGUAGGGUUUGAUGGUGGAAGUGCUCAUGGAAGUGCUCGGUGCUGCGCUCUGCUGAGAGUACACUCAAAUCUCAGCUUGCUGGGCUUGUUUGGGGGGAACACGAGGAGUUUGCGGUGCUCCUUCACUUUAUGUAGCAUCAACCCAACCACCUUAAAAAUAGAACUUCUAGUGUAAGAGAACUUCUUGACCUGGUACAGUCCACGUGGCCAAAUCCUGAGUGCCUCGGGCUGGCAGAGCAGCAUCUUGAUACUCUUCAGUUUUGUGAGUCACUGCAAAAAAAACAAACCCAAAUCAUGCUGCUUGUCCUCAAUUUCUUUCUUUUUUCUUGUUUUUAUCUAUGUCUUUCCACUCUCUAGAAUUUGCUGUCAUCUCUCAUGCGCUGCUCCAUGGACAGGACACCUCAGCAGCCCAGGAGCUCCUGUCCUUGCAUGGAGGGUUUGAACCCACUCCAAAGUUUAUCUGGGUUGGACUGCCGAAUAUUUGGGAUUUUUUUUUAUAUAGACUUGGACUCUUCUGUCUGAAGUACCAGCUCCUUGAUGUUUCAACCUAGAGAAGUUUAUGGAAACAUAAUGGGCUGGGGUUAUCCAACUGGGUUUGGGGUUGGGAAUUUCAAAAAAGAGCCCAGUUCCAUCACAAAAAUCUUGGGACAGUUGGGGAAGAGGGAAGGUUGGAACCCAGUAGGCACAUAGCACCAGAGCAAGGCCUAACCAGCCAAGGGCUCAUGGUUUGGGGGUCUCUCCUUGUACAGUAAUCCUCAUUUCACCUUGGAUGCCAAGAUGUUGAAAGGAGAGCCUUAUAAAUCAGAUGUAUUUGCUGACUCUUACUGCUCCAGUUGUCUCCAUUGGGUCAUAGGGAACAGACACCCCCAUGGCUUUGGCUACAAACCAACCACCUUAUCUGCAGAAGCAGAGGUACAAACUGUGUUUUAUACCUUCUCACCCCUAUCCAUCUCACUCACCCCCUCUAUGGAAACCCACCAUCCCUCCAUAGUUCGCAGGGACAGCGCUCCAAACUGGUAGAAAGAGCUUUGGAGACCCAAGAGAUGGCAAAGAGAGAUGCCCUAACCAUCCAACCAAGAGCUUGUAGGUUUUGCCCGGGAAUCAAUCAUGGCUGAACCUCAUGUGGGGGAAUAAAUCUGAGCAGGAACUCAUAGUUGUGUCCUCACACCCUUAGGAGGCUUUUGUGUCCCUUCUGUUAUCCAUGUUUGCCAGUCGGAUGGGGCGCGUGGUGGGGACAGCGGUGGGAGGAAGGCAAUGUGGCCAUUACAAAUGGCCAGCUUUUUAUUGAAGAAAGGUCUGGUGAUGCGUAUUUAAAGACUUUACAUUUUUAACUUCACAUGAGGAGUCUUGCAAUAAGGCUGACACUGUGGUGCUUGGGCUGAGAGCUGCAGAUGAGGAGGAUUACGAGUAACAGAUUUCCCGAGGAUGCUGAGAGUCUUGCUCGAUCUGCAAUAGAACAAGUCGCUUUCUUCUUUCUUUCUUUCUUUCUUUUUUUUUCUUUAUUUUUAAAUUUUCAUUCGUUUUGUUCAUUUUUCAUUAGUCCCAGUGGGAAAGCACACGGGGAGAUUUGUGACUUCCAUGCAGUUUCCAGGAUCUUAUAUCUCAUUUGCUUCCCGCGGGCUGGGCAGGUGCAGUUCGAUGGGUGGAUUUUGAUGGAAUUCUGGCUGGUGGAAUCAAAACGUAGCUGGUUUCUCUGCUUGGGGGGGUUGUUUUGGGUUGUUUUGCUGCGUUGGGCUUCCCUUUAGAUGCUGAUCUCCCAAUGAACUCUUGACUUCCCUUCUGUUCCUUUCUGUGCAACAAAGCAUUGCGUAUUUUCCUUUUUAACUCAUCGUAGUAUGUAGAUUAAGCCCAGAUUACUUUUUGUUGUUGUUUUUUUUUGGUCUGAGCCAUAGCUAAGUUAUUAUACCCAAUGCUUUUUGUAUCAGAUGGCAUCACUUUGAAUAUGCAGAUGAGGUAUAGGAUCUUGACACUUUAUAACCUUUUUAAAAAAAGAAACUUGUCUGUUUACUUACAUCUUGUGUAAAAAGGAAAAAAAAAUGUAUGCCUUUUAGUAAUCACUUUUUUUUUUUUUUAGUUUUAUGAGAAAUUAUGGCAGUUUCACUCCAGCAGCGAAAUAAAAAGCGUUCACUGUUUUGUA